AUGUCUUCGCUAUUUGCCGAUACCACGAGCCCUCAAAUUGCGCGAGCGUCUCGCGCCUGCGAUGCGUGCCGACUUAGGAAAACGCGUUGUGACGUAAAUGCCGACGUGAACCAAACGAAAAAUAUUUGCACGCGGUGUCAGCGCCUGCAGCUGCAGUGCACUUUUGAACUGACGGUCGGUCGGAGAGGUCCAAAACGCAAGCGGAGACAAGACGAUGCUCCAUCGGAUCCCAGUCCAAUCAGGAGCGGAUCCUCUGUUGUGCCCUCCAUAAGCCUCAUUCCAUCUGGCACUUUUCAGCAAGACACAUUCCGCACUGACAGCAUUUGUUCUCGACCACUUUUUCGAACUAUGGUGAACGACUUCCUCACGUAUAUCUACCCGUUGAUACCUGUCGUUCACCGACCGUCGUUUUGCUUCGCUUUGAAUGAAGAUCGCGACAACGACAACGACGAUUUUUUGGGUCUUAUCAUCGCUAUUUGCGCAAUCGUAGUCGCAUUACUUCCCAGCAAGUAUGAGAGUUACUGCAGCCUUGACACAUCACUGGUUUCAUCGCGUGCUGAAGUGCUAGAUCGCUGUUACGACUGCCUCAUCGCUCUGCGUGGGCCAGAGUUCUUCGAAAAAAUUGGCUUCAGCAAGUGGGCUGCAUCAUACCUCAUGUGUAUCGCCUUCUUCCAGGUUGGCAAGCACAAUCGUGCGCGCAUGAUCGAGGUCGAGAGUAUGCAGCUUGGACGAUUGCUCAACCUCCACCGCACUGAUGAGUAUCAGGAACUGGACUGUAUCGAAACACAACUACGAAGAAAAGGCUUCUGGCUUCUAUUCUACGGCCACGUACACUCAGAGGUACAGAACUUUCGCAAAGAAAAGCUCUCCUUUCUGAACCACGCCACCAUUGAGACAAUGAAUCUAAAGGCUUUGAUGCCUCUCGAAAUCGAAGACGAACAGAUCUUCAAGCAUGAAAUUGUCGCCUCACCACCAUCAGAGGUGAAUAUGACAACGGGCUUCAUCAUCCAUUCCCGCAUCUUUUGGCAAGCCAUCGAAGACCCCCGCGACAAUACCAGGACUGAGUGCUUGUGCUGUCGCAACCGUUCGGCUGCGGUACAAGUGGCGCACCUUGAGCGGCGACUGAGAGACUUGAAAUAUGCCUUGGACGAUGCUCCUAUGCCCUUUCGGCAAUAUGCUUUGCCAAGCGACGAUGCUGCUGCACAUACCUUCUCACACUCCCAACUGGCUACCAUACGCGUAAACAUACACGUCACCCACCUAUGGCUUCAGAGCAUGUUACUGGACCAACUGGAUUUGCUCACAUCGCCCGAGCAGCACUGGCAUGAGCGUGAAGACAUAUCGACCCAGCUCCUCCAUGUACUGCACAACACCUCUCAAGCAGACAUCGAGCCGAACGGCCUUCAUUUGGUCUAUAAAGUGCGCGAUGUGGCGGUCGGGCUACUCGCAUGCCCGUACGAGGCACCUGAUCCCUCGGCAAAACGAGCCCAGGAGUACGUCAGGGCAUUCACCGAUAUUCUGGCUCGCGUCGACGCUAGCGAGACAGUCAACACUGCUAAUCUUCAGAGUUGGAUUGAUACGGGGCGACAAAACGUUUAA